CGACACAAUUCAUCACGAGGUAUCGUCGAUGUGGUUGGUUCGGGCCGCGGCGGGGUUGCAUUUCGGGGCGUUCACGACCAGCCCAUCAUAGAGCGCCACGGACGCCCAUCGGGAGGUUUGGAUGACGAUUCCCGCCAUGGAAGCCGUCGGAAAGAGUUUGCAACUUAAUCAAGGCCGCUUGCCUGUUCCUGGGCCAGGCCGUUCCCCAUUCCGAGGGCGCAUUUUCUCAGGCACAUGCGACACACCUUCCGUGUUCUUGCUUCAGUUAGACCUCCAAACCCAGGAUGCGCCAUUGCAAAGCUCAAGUUGCCCUAACAGCGUUCCAGCUGCUGGUCGUGGGCGCUGCGCAAGAGAACGAAUUCUUUCGAUGGAGCAGCCCUAACGCAGAUGUGGCGGCCAACGUCCGUCGUCAGACGCCGCCGCCGGGAUACCAUCCCGAGUUUGGCUCCUGCGGCAGCGGCACGACUUGCGAAGAUGCCUGCGGGCCGAACUGGGAAUCGUGCGACGCCUCGACAACGCUGUCGCUGUUCUGCUACAACCGGGUUGAUCUAAACCAAACGUGCUGCGCGAACGGGUCUGGGCGAGCAUGCGAGAGUGGCUACUAUUGCGCCUGGCAGGAGUUUGGCGGGAGGGUGUGGUGUUGCGAAAAUGGCCAAAGCUUGGAAGAGUGUGGUCUCCCAGGUGGAACAGCCACGACCACGAUCUCAGGAGGCCCGUCCUCAACCUCGUCAAGCUCUGGGCAAAGCGACACGACAGGAACCGGCACGAAGACGGAUUCAUCCGCUAUAACUUCAACAUCGCAAUGUCCCGCAGUAUCCACGGUCACGUCCUGGGCAACAACGACAGUCAUAUCCACUGUCAGCGUGCCUGUUACGGUCACAGCGAACGAGGGAUGUUCGUCGGGCUCAUUGUCAAUGCCUUCGUCAAGCACGGGGUCAGCUACGGCAACGACGUCGGCGACCGUCACAACACAGCCCCCGGCAUCUUCUAGUACUGCUCAACUCGACGGCUCCAGUAACAUCGAUAGUGACUGCGGGAGCUGGAGAGGUCAAAGCAAGCCUGUUUGUUGUGGCACUGGCAGGACUGGGUUCUGUGAUUUACUGUAGACAUCUGAUGGACUGGCUGUCUUGAGACAGAAGCAGGGUGUGCGAUGUGGAAGUUUUGGAUGCAGGUGGUGAUUUGGAUACCCGAUACCCCUUACUUAGUCGUGUUUGCUGGCAGAUUUUGUCCUGAACCUUAACACUGAAUAACCGAGCUACUUGAAAAUUUGCCCAU